CAACAGUAACACCACCCAUCUCAAAGUCCAGUCCCCCACCCUCAAUAAGCGAGGGGCAGUUGUCUUCCUAAAUGCAUGCAUGGGGUUGUUAUGUUGGCUGGCUGACGCGAACGAGAGGGCGGACGUGAGGUUGGUUGGUUGGUGUGUGGCCGGCCCCAACCCCAACCCCAACCCCCAAGAAAGCAAAUGUUGACUGGGGUUGGCCACCCCAUCCUGAGUGAUGACGUCAGCACCAUGGGGACUACUCUUCAUUCCAAGAAGGAAGAAGACGAUCAAAUUUUUUUACUUUCGGAGGACAAAGUGUGAGUGGAAUGAAGAUGGGAAGAUAGAUACAGCAGACAGCAAACCAGAGAAGCAGUCGCCCACAAAUGGCCUCUCCUCUCUCGCUUCAUCAUCUCUCUCAUCCAGCAAACACCACUACUUGAUCUUCUUCCACUAGUUGAACCCAUGAAGCCGCCGCCGCCGCCGCCGCUAACGUCAGUCUCUUCCUUCAUUUUCCGACCCCCAAAAGCCAACCACAAAUCGCCAUUGCAGACGCUCGUUUCCUACUUUCUCACUCUCGAUUCGGCCCCAUCGCAGACCCCGCCGUCGCCCCAAUCCAAGCCACCCAAACCCAUCGCCAACAAUAGCUUUUAUGGCCCAGCAUUAGACAAAUCUGCCCGAAGAAGGUGGUUUUCAACUGGGCCAUCGGACCCUGGUGAAAUUGCUGUUGCAUCUACGCCAUUGGAGGGCUCUCCCCCAAUCGAUGCGGGCUCUUCGAUUCGGAAACCAAUAAGCUUGUGGCCUGGAAUGUACAAUUCGCCUGUUACCAAUGCUUUGUGGGAAGCGAGAUCAAGCAUUUUCGAGAACCUGUCCGAUGUUCCAACGGAUGCCCCUUCAGAGAGUGAAUUGAUCACGAAAACCCCUUCACAGAGUAGGACAAGCAUUCUCUAUAAAUUCUCGACUGACUAUGUACUUAGAGAGCAGUACAGGAACCCCUGGAAUAGGAUCAGGAUGGGCAAAUUGCUUGAAGAUCUUGAUGCUCUGGCUGGAACUAUAUCAUACAAGCACUGUUGCAACAAUGAUGGAACAGCAAGACCAGUGCUAUUAGUCACUGCUUCUGUGGAUAAAAUGGUUCUCAAGAAAUCAAUCCGUGUUGACACUGAUCUAAGAUUAGCUGGUGCUGUUACAUGGGUUGGGCGCUCAUCCAUGGAAAUUCAACUAGAGGUGACUCAAUCAAGUGAAGGCACAUCCAAUCCUUUAGAUUCGGUAGCUCUUGUAGCAAACUUCACAUUUGUUGCUCGGGACUCAAAGACUGGAAUUUCAGCCCUUGUUAACAAAAUAUUACCAGAAACGGAAAGAGAAAAAAUUCUCUGGGAAGAAGCAGAAGAAAGGAACAAGACAAGGAAACAAAAAAAAGGGCAACAUAAAAAGCAGGUCAAGGAUGGUGAAGCAGAUAGGCUGAAAGAAUUGCUUGCUGAAGGGAGGAUAUUCUGUGACAUGCCAGCUUUGGCAGAUAGAGAUAGCAUUCUCAUAAGGGACACUAGCCAUGAGAACUCUUUGAUUUGCCAGCCACAGCAAAGAAACAUUCAUGGUCGGAUUUUUGGUGGAUUUUUAAUGCGGAGAGCAUUUGAACUGGCUUUUGCAACUGCUUAUGCUUUUGCUGGCAGUGCACCACGCUUUGUCGAACUUGAUCAUGUGGAUUUCUUAAGACCUGUGGAUGUUGGGAAUUUCCUCCGGCUCAAGUCUUGUGUUCUGUACACGGAGCUUGAGAACCCGACUCGCCCUCUCAUUAAUGUCGAAGUUGUAGCACACGUUACUCGACCUGAAUACCGAUCCAGCGAGGUAUCCAACAAGUUUUAUUUCACAUUUACGAUCCGUCCAGAGGAUGUGAAAAAUGAGCAGAGGAUCCGAACUGUUGUUCCUGCCACGGAAGAGGAAGCGAGGCGGGUCAUCGAGCGUAUGGAUGCUGAGGGCUUGUAGAUGACUAAUUCAUAUAGCCGACCCCAACUAGUGAAAAUAAGGCUUAAUCUCAAUUUGAGUGAAUGAAAAUUUGAAUACAAAUAGACUCAAGAUCAAAGUUUUAAGCCUCUGAAGAGCGGGCUCCAAAUAACACCAAAGGGAACCCUUUUCCUUGGAAAUUAAUUAAUUAAUUGAUGCUGAUGUUUGUUAAUUGAUUUCUUUAUUAUUAUUUUACUAUGGUACUAGAUGUAACUAUUUAGAGAAGCUGCUGUCAUUUGGUUUUAAUAAUGAGAGAUUGUUGAUCCGGUUGAAAUUGUGGUAACUGGAUCCAAUUAUCUCCUCGACAAUGAUUGUCAAUUGACAAAUAGGACGAUCAAAAGUCUUAAUCUCCCCACAU